AUGGCUCGAAUUCGAACCUUACUCCUGCUUCUGGCGACUGCUGUGCCUUCUUUUGGCCAAUACACGUCUCACCAGCGUUCAUCAGAACUACUCUCAACUAAUCACUCGGCAACGCCCUUCACCGAAGAAGUUGAUACUUUUGUCGAUUCACUCCUAGCCAAAUUUCAGGUCCCUGGCUGCUCAGUUGCCGUCAUCGAUGGAGAAGAGACCUUUACAAAGGGUUUUGGCUUUGCUACGCUUCCCGAUGUGAAAGCAACUCCCGAAACUCUAUGGCGGGGUGCAUCAACCACAAAGGCCUUUGUAGGCGCUACUCUGGCACAUUUCAUCCAGAAUAAGACCUACCCAGACCUACUCACUGAUGGCUGGGCUACGCCUAUCUCGUCCAUCAUCCCAGACGACUUUGUCCUGUCUGAUGACUGGGCCACCAAGCAUAUCACCCUUGACGAUGCCAUCUGCCACCGUACUGGCCUACCCCGUCACGACUAUACCUGGCAGUAUACGACCAACGGCACUCGAACGACCGACCGCGACGUGGUGAGGAACCUACGCAACCUAGGCUUCACGGCCGAGCCGAGAACAGUCCACCAGUACAGCAACCUUAUCUACAUCGCGCUCUCGCAUGUCAUUGAGACACUUACUAAGGAACCCUUCAAGAUUACUCUUAAGAAUCUUAUCUGGGGACCUCUCAAUAUGACCUCGACGUUCUUAGAUAUCGACGAAGCGAAAGCCUCAAACAAUCAGCUUGCCACAGGCUAUUAUUGGAAUAAUGCUACACAGAGCCAUGGCGCCAUCACGCACGAUUAUCUGCUACAGUCGGGCGCUGCUGGAAUAAUCACCAGCGUUGUCGACCAUGCUAAGUGGGUGCGUAGCCUACUGUACCGGAGCGGCCCCUUGUCAGACGCCACACACGACGAUAUUCAGCGGCCGCGCAUCAUCGACGAUUUCUAUCCAGCCGCUAAUAUGAGCAUCGGUAUGUAUGGACUCGGCUGGGAGCGCAUCACCUUUCACAACGAGACCGUACUUCGACAUAUUGGUCAAACUCUAUCUUCUGGAUGCCUGAUUUGGUGGCUUCCCGAGCGCAAAUUUGGCAUCAUCGUCAUGGCCAACGUCUAUAAGCAGGCCGACCACGUCAACGAGGCCCUAGCGCGCCGCCUAGUGGAGGACAAACUCAGCGUUCCCGAAGAUAAGCGGUUCGACAUGGCGACAUUACGCAGAAAACUUCUAGACAAGCAGGAUCGCCUAUUCCCUGGCGCCGUGGACGAAAUGUACCCAAGCAAGCCGGAUCGAAGCAUCCCCCCCUCUGUGUGCAUCCAGGAUCUCGCGGGAGAGUACCAUAACGCAGGAUACGGUAGCCUGGUAUUUAAGCCCACGAAUGAGACGAAUAGCACCGUCUUGCUGGCGGAGCGCCCCGACACAGUCUAUCAGUAUAAUGUCCGUCUACAGCACGUCUCUGGUGACGACUGGCUCGCCUUCUACCUAUCACGCCUCGGUUCGCGUCUGCCAAGGGAGUACUUUCGCUCACAGUUCAAGUUCAACGGCACCGCAGCUGCGCUGGACAUUCAUAUGGGGGAUAACUCGGAGGGCACCAAGCCUUAUACCGUCACUUUUACAAAGGUUGCCUGA